GGCCUGCUGGCUUCGUUGAUCGCCCCCCUUGCCCCGAUCGCCUCUGGCCCUGCUUGCCCAAGAGACAUGCACAGGCUCCUCUUGCUUAUCGGGCUCACAAUCUGCUGCUCGGUCGGCAUCGCCGCCGCCUCGCUCAGCGCCCACAAUGCUUCCCUGUUCUGGGGCACUUACCGGCCCGGGCUCUAUUUCGGAACUCGCACCCGCUCGGCCGACACUCUGCUGACAGGGCUGAUGUGGCAUGGCGUCUCGGAUCUGGAGAGCUGGAAGAAUAUCCGCCACAACUGCGAUCAAGGCGACGACAUGAAGCGCUACGGCUGGCUCAAGCACGACGGACGAUCAUUUGGUACCCAGGAGGUUCACGACACCCGCAACAAUGUCCUCAUCAAGACCGAGUUUCUCAAGGCAUCGGGUGGAGAGCACGGCGGUGAGUGGGCCGUCCGCAUCUCCGGAAGCAGCCUGACUGACCAAGAUGCCCACAUCGCCGUGUACUACUACGCCAGCCUCGAAGGCAACGGUCGUCUCCAAUUCGCCGACAGUGAAAGUGACGACCAGACCUUCAUCCGCGGCGAGACCAAGGAGCUGGGCCAGUUUGCCCUUGUCGUUGUCGACGAUGAGCGCAACGAACCCCCGCCCAGCGCCUUCCCUCGGAACGCAAACCUCCCCGAUUUGCGACAGAUGUUCACCUACUCUGCUCAGAUUCCGCACGAGCAGGUGUGGCGAGCCAAAGAUAUCGUCCAAAGCAACAUCGUGAAGACAGCCCAGGAUAUCUACCAGGCCAACCAGAACAGCUUCACCCCCGAAAACCUGUUCCUGCUCUCUGGCGAAAGAAGUCUCGACCCCAACUUUGCCGUGAUCGAGCGUGUUCUCAAGACGCCCUUCACGCUUGAUGUCGUGUUCCUCUCCCAGUCGGCCCAUCCUCACUCCAAGCUCUCGGUGGAUCUGGUCCGUGACCUGUCCGGCAAGGCUUUGACGACUGCCCUGGGCCAGGCUUCUGCCCGCUUCGACGAGCGAUUCGAGCACGUCUUUGCCCUCAAAGACAAGGGUUUCGCUCCGGACCAGAUCGACUUUGCCAAGCACCUCCUUAGCAACAUGGUCGGCGGCAUGGGAUACUUCCAUGGUACUGCGAUUGUCGACCGCGCUCUUGAAGGACGAGAGGACGAGGAGAUCAACGACUUUGUUGAGGACACAGCCGACGAUGAUGAUGACGACUACUUUGGUGGCGAAAAGAUUGAGCCCAUCAAGCCGAACCCGCAGCUCGAGGGUCCCUUCUCGCUCUUUACCGCUGUGCCCUCUCGACCGUUCUUCCCGCGAGGCUUCCUGUGGGACGAGGGAUUCCAUGAGCUCUUGAUCGGCACCUGGGACAGUGAUUUGAGCUUGGACGUUAUUCAGCACUGGGCCGAUCUGAUCGACGACAAGGGCUGGGUCGCGCGCGAGCAGAUCCUUGGCGACGAGGCUCGCAGUCGGGUCCCUAAAGAGUUCCAGACCCAGUAUCCGCAUUUCGCCAAUCCCCCUACCCUUGCCUUCAGCUUGAAGAAACACGUCGAGCGACUCCAGCAUCUCAGUAGCGGCCGCGCUGGCCUGGAUGUGCAAGCUAUUUUGGAUGCCGGUGAUGAUAGCGUCCAUGGCUGGUACCGGCAGACCCACAGCAAGCUCCUGGACCAAGAUGGCAUGGUCGACUAUCUCGUGGCGGUUUACCCCAAAUUCAAGCAGCAGUACGAAUGGUUCCGUCGCACCCAGUGGGGCGAGGGCAAUUCCUUUGGACGCAGCAACCGCGGCGGCGAAGCCUACCGGUGGAGAGGGCGAACCGACCAGCACACGCUGACGUCGGGCCUCGAUGACUAUCCCCGCGCAUCGCCGCCUCACUCUGGCGAGCUCCACGUUGAUCUGAUCUCGUGGGUCGGGUGCAUGGCUCAGACCUUGCAGGCCGUCGCCGAGCGGCUGGACGAGUACGAGGAUGCCGACCGUUUCCGCAAAGACGUCGAGAACAUCCAGCUGAGCAUCCAAGAGUUGCACUGGAACCCCGAAUCUCAGUCCUACUGCGAUCUCUCCGUCAACGAGCAAGGCCACUCGGUUCACUUGGUCCACAAGGGCUAUCUCAGUCUGAUGCCCGCGAUCCUGGGACUCGUUCCUGGCGACUCGGACACCGUCGGAGCCGUCUUGGACCUGAUCGAGGACCCCAACGAACUCUGGACGCCGUUUGGAAUCGCGUCUCUGUCCAAGAGCGAUCCCUUCUUUGGAACCAGCGAGAACUACUGGCGCGGCCCGAUCUGGAUCAACAUCAACUACUUGACCUUGGGCUGGCUGCAUUCCCUCAAAGAGUCGUCUGGUCCCUACAAGGCUCGGGCCGAGACCAUCUACCACCACCUCCGCAAGAACGUCGUCGUGAACGUUUACAAGAAAUACGAGGAGCAGGGCUUCGUGUGGGAGCAGUACUCUCCCCUCGACGGCCAGGGCAAGCGCUCCCAUCCAUUCACGGGUUGGACCGCCCUGGUGGCCCUCAUCAUGGCCGAGAUCUACUAGAGUCGUGCGCGGGAUUCAGGCUCCUGGGCCUGCUGACAGCGAAUGCGGGAUCGCACUUGGACCCGGAGACACGCGGAAUACAGCGCUCACACGAUGAAACGAA